AUGACUCCAUUCAACCGAUCCUCACACACCUUCGCCGUUCUGAUUCUGGCUCUGGCCUCCGUGGGCCUGGCGACACCAUUGAGCAACUCCUAUCUGCCCCCGAAGGUGGGUGCCCAGAGUGGAUACAGUGCAGCGGCGUCCAGCUCCUCGGGAUCGUAUGCAGCUCCUGCGGCGACCUAUGCCCGCAGGCCGUCCCACUCCGUGGCGGCUCCUUCCAGGCAGUACCUAGCUCCGGCUGCAUCGCACGGUAGCUACAGCUCGGGAGGCUCCUCCUACGCCGCUCCAUCGGUGUCCCACGCCUCCUACUCCGCACCCGUUGCAGCUGCAUCCCAUGCCUCCUACUCCGCUCCAGCUGCAUCCCACAGCUCGUACGCCGCCCCAUCCGCCUCGCAUGGAUCGUACUCCGCUGCCUCGCGCACCAGCUACUCCGCUCCCGUGGCCGCUCCAUCCAGGAAGUACCUAGCUCCAGCUGCAGUGUCCCACAGCAGCUACUCCGCUCCCGCCGUUUCCCACAGCAGCUACUCCGCUCCCGCCGUUUCCCACAAGAGCUACUCCGCUCCAGCCGUGUCGCAUGGAUCCUACUCCUCUUCGGGCGGCUCCAGUGGCUCCUACUCCGCUCCAGUUGCAUCCUACAGCUCAUCCUAUGCCGCCCCAGCUGCCUCCCACACCAGCUAUUCGGCACCAGUGGCUGCUCCUUCCAGGCAAUAUCUCGCUCCGGCUGCCACGUCUUACUCCGCCCCAGCGGUGUCCCACGGAUCGGCGUACUCCACGUCAUCGCUGUCCCAUGGAUCGUAUGCCGCUCCAUCAGUUUCCAGACAGACCUAUGCCGCCCCAGCUGUCUCCCAUGUCAGCUACUCGGGAUCUAGCUCUGGAUCUGGCCAUGGAUAUGGAGCUGGCUCCAGCCACGGAUUGCUGCAAGGAUCGGGUCUGCGUUCUGGCCACGCAUCUGGCUUUGGAUCGAGCUACGGAUCUGGACACAAAUCGGGUUCCUACGCUUCCAAUGGAGGCUACGAGUACCGCCUGAAGCAUUGA